CCUUACCCUCGUAAGCUUUCAUAUUCACCCCUAGCUUUGGGUUUCCUCCCACUCGGGGCUAUCAUGAGAUGGGGGUGCUUAAGUCGUUGGUGACCCCCGCUCGAUCCAGAGCGAUUGCAGGGCGCAGCGCAGAUGACAUAGAAAGGGCUGCGGCUGUUUACCUUCAGAGGGUGGUGGCCCUCCAGACCGGACUCACUGAGUCGAAUCGCCGCCUAGUCUCAGAGCUGAAAACUCUUACUGAAGAAAAGAAAAAGGAGGCUCAUCACCACAAGAAGAAAAUAUCCUCCUUGAGGAAAUCUCUGGAGAUGUCGAACGCUCGAGCUCGUGAGCAAGAGACGGAGAUCGACAACCUACGCUCUGUUUUGGCUCGUGCUCCUGAAGAGGCGGUUGAGAGGUAUAAGGCCUCAGGUGAGUACGCUGGAGAUCUCAAGGCGGCUGUGGAUCAGUAUAAGACAUCGUCCGAUUAUGCUAAGGCUUUGAACUCAUACGGGGGGAAGGCGAUGUCAGCAUCAAUUAAGCUCUCCAAGGAGUGGAUUAUGGCCGAAUAUCCUUCUAUAGACCCCUCCGGCUUGGAUAGAUUUCUCGCACAGCGUAAGGGGAAGGAGAGCGUAGCUCAGUCAUCCAGAUCACUCGGUCGUUCAUCACAAGGGGGUAGUGGGGAUGUCUCCCCUUCGAGCUGAAGCAUUUCUUAGUUGUUGUUUUCCUUGCUAGUUUUUCCUUUUUAGUGUUUACUUUUGCUUAGCCUUGUUAUCUCCUACUUGCUCGGGAUGUGGGCAAGAAUUCUUCGAAUGUAUAAACACAUCUUUCAUUCGAUAUUAUUGGCGCUGGAUGCGUGGUUCCUUUAAAAUGUCGUCUCUCAUGUUAUUUUUCUUUUUACUGCUUGAUGGU